AUGACCAAGCUAGACCUUCAUUGUGAGGAUGAAAUCCAAGGCCUCAGUCUAGCCACUGCUAGGAUGCAACAGCGCCUUGGUAACUCAGUUUCGUCAGCACGUAACAAGAAAGUGAAGGAAGCAUGCAGCCAGGGGCGUUCGUACAUUCUACGUACUGACAUGAUGUCCUCCGCCGAGCUCGCGCCCUUCAGCGACGACGACGUCGACCUCGAGGCCGCCGGCGCCACGCGCCGCAAGAGCCUCAUGGCAGAGCCCACCCUGCCCAUAUACCUCAAGUUCGCGGAGGUGAAGUACAGGGUGGCGGUGAAGGGGACGCCGAGGGAGAUACUGAGCGGGAUAUCGGGGUCGGCGAGCCCCGGCGAGGUGCUGGCGAUGAUGGGCCCGUCCGGCAGCGGCAAGACCACGCUGCUCAGCAUGCUCGGCGGCAGGGCCACCGCCGCCGACGGCUGCAUCUCCUACAACGACGAGCCCUUCGGCAAGUCCCUCAAGCGCAGGAUUGGAUUUGUGACUCAAGAUGAUGUUCUCUUUACUCAUCUUACUGUGAAGGAGACACUAACAUACGCAGCAUUACUUCGUCUCCCAAGAACAAUGACAAGGGAGCAAAAGAAAGAACGGGCAAUGGACAUCAUAUAUGAACUGGGACUCGAGAGGUGCCAGGACACAAUGAUUGGAGGAUCUUUUGUGCGUGGGGUUUCAGGGGGUGAAAGAAAAAGAGUUUGCAUCGGAAAUGAGAUUAUAAUCAAUCCAUCUUUGCUUUUCCUUGAUGAGCCGACAUCCGGGUUGGAUUCAACUACAGCACUUAGGAUAGUUCAACUUCUACAUGACAUUGCUGAGACUGGGAAGACAGUGAUCACCACGAUCCAUCAACCAUCCAGCAGGCUGUUUCAUAAGUUUGACAAGCUUAUCCUCCUGGGCAGGGGAAGUUUGCUCUACUUUGGGAAGACAGCUGAAGCCAUGCCCUACUUUUCAUCCAUUGGAUGCAACCCGCUCAUCGCAAUGAACCCAGCAGAGUUUCUACUGGAUCUUGCUAAUGGCAACACUAACGAUGUGUCUGUUCCUUCCGAAUUAGAUGACAAGGUGCACAUGGAAAAUCAGAAUCUGCAGGAUACUAAUUCCAAGAUUAACUUAAGGCCUUCAGCACAAGAUGUUCAUGAGUAUCUUGUUGACGCCUAUGAGCAUCGAGUGGCAUAUAAGGAGAAGAAGAAGCUUCUAGCACCACUUCCGAUCAGUGAUGAUAUGAAGGCAACAAUAACAUCUUCGAAACGAGAGUGGGGCACAAACUGGUGCCAGCAAUAUUCCAUCCUCUUCUGUAGAGGUCUCAAGGAAAGACGGCAUGAUUAUUUGAGCUGGAUGAGAAUCACCCAGGUCAUAGCUACAUCAGUUAUCUUAGGUUUGCUCUGGUGGCGCUCUGAUCCCACCACACCAAAAGGUCUACAAGAUCAGGCAGGCUUACUGUUUUUCAUAGCCGUGUUUUGGGGUUUCUUUCCUGUGUUUACUGCCAUCUUCACAUUCCCUCAAGAGAGGGCAAUGUUGAACAAGGAGCGUGCAGCUGACAUGUACAAGCUCAGUGCAUACUUCUUGGCCAGAACGACAAGUGAUCUGCCACUAGACCUUUUCCUCCCAGUCAUAUUUAUGGUGAUUGUCUACUUCAUGGCAGGCCUCAAAGCAAGUGCCAUGCGUUUCUUUCUUAGCAUGUUGACCGUCUUUCUCAGCAUCAUUGCUGCUCAGGGACUAGGACUGGCAAUUGGAGCUACCCUCUUGGAUAUCAAGAAGGCGACUACUCUAGCUUCAGUCACAGUCAUGACAUUCAUGCUAGCAGGAGGGUUCUUUGUAAAGAGGGUUCCGCCAUUCAUAUCCUGGCUCCGGUACCUGUCCUUCAACUACCACACGUACAGGCUGCUGCUGAAGGUGCAGUACGACCCCGUGCCGGACAUCCUGAUGACCUCCGUACCUCUGGAUAACGGCGUGACCGAAGUCGGGGCCCUGGUCGCGAUGAUCAUCGGGUACCGGGUGCUGGCCUACCUGUCCCUCAGGCGAGUGAAGGCUUCGAACGGCUAG